GAAGGCGGAGCCGGGGCCGGGCGCCGGGGCCAUAAAUAAGAGAGUCCCAUGUCCGGGUGAUUUGGAGGCGGCGAGCACCGGCAGCGCUCGGAGCGAGCAGCGUUUGGUGUGCCGGGCAUCCGGAGCGUCCCAGCGCAUCGCAGCGCAUCCCAGCGCAUCCCAGCGCACCCCAGCGCAUCCCAGCGCGGCUGAGCGUUUCCCGUGAGCGGAGCAUGAGGCGAGCGGGCAGCGGGAGCCCCGGGAGCAGCCCCGGGAGCAGCGCCGGGGCCCGGGGGGCAGCGCUGGCGCUGGCGCUGUGCGCGCUGUGCGCGCUGCCCGCGCCCGUGUCCGCCUGUAGCUGCGCGCCCGCGCACCCGCAGCAGCUGCUCUGCGAUGCCGCGCUCGUGAUCAGAGCAAAAAUCUCCAGCGAAAAGGUGGUUCCUGCCAGCGAUGAUCCCCUUGAUAGCCACAAAAUGAUCCGGUAUGAAAUCAAACAAAUAAAGAUGUUUAAAGGCUUUGAGAAGCUCAAGGAUGUCCAGUAUGUCUACACCCCUUUUGAUUCAUCACUCUGUGGAGUGAAACUAGAAGCCAACAACAAAAAACAGUAUCUUCUAACAGGCCAAAUUUUAAAUGAUGGCAAAGUGCUGAUCCACUUGUGCAACUACAUUGAGCCGUGGGAUGAUUUAUCCUUGUCUCAGAAAAAGAGCCUGAACCAGAGGUACCAGAUGGGCUGUGGCUGCAAGAUCACCACGUGCUACUCGGUGCCCUGCUCCAUCACGGCGCCCAACGAGUGCCUGUGGACGGACUGGCUGCUGGAGCGGCGGCUGCAGGGCCACCAGGCGCGCCACUACGCCUGCAUCCGCCGCAGCGACGGCACCUGCAGCUGGUACCGGGGCGGGCCGCCCCCCGAGAAGGAGUUCAUGGACAUCAGCGAGCCCUGAGCGCCCAAGGGCCCCUCAAGCACCGCCCUGGGAGGCUCCUUCCAUCCCGCCGGCCCAGGAACCAGCACCGCGUCCCCACAGGGCCCCGUGGCGCUGGCACCGCGUCAGGGCGAGGGACAAACCUCCUGCAGGCACCUGCUCUGCUCUGUUAUGCUUUGCACAGAGGGCCGGCAGCGUCCUCCAAGGCACAACAAACCCCCCCUUCCUUGCCAGUAUGAAUGUACGAGAAUAAAAUUUGCCAGAAAUUUUUGCCAGUACGAAUGUUCGAGAACAAAUUUUGCCAGAAUUUUGCCAAUACGAACGUUCAAAAACAAAUUUUGCAGGAAUUUUCCCCAUACAAAUGUACAAGAAUGAAUUUUGCCAAUACAAAAGUUUGAGAACAAAUUUUGCCAGAAUGUUGCCAAUACGUAUGUUCGAGAAUAAAAUUUGCCAGAUUUUGCCAUUAUGAAUGUUCGAGAACAAAUUUUGCCAGAAUUUUGCCAAUACGAAAGUUCGAGAACAAAUUUUGCCAGAAUGUUGCCAAUACGAACGUUCAAAAACAAAUUUUGCAGGAAUUUUGCCAGAAUUUUGCCAAUACAAAUGUACAAGAAUGAAUUUUGCCAGAAUUUUGCCAAUACGAAAGUUCAAGAACAAAUUUUGCCAGAAUUUUGCCAAUACGAAAGUUCGAGAACAAAUUUUGCCAGAAUUUUGCCAAUACGUAUGCUGGAGAACAAAUUUUGCCAGAUUUUUUUCCAAUUUUGCCAUUGUGAAUGCUAAAGGACAAAUUUUGCCAGUUUUGCCAAUAUCAAUGUACAAGAACAAAUUUUGCAAGAAUUUUACCACUAUGAAUGUUCAAGAACAAAAAUUUUGCCAAUAUGAAUGUUCGAGAACAAAAAAUUUGCCAGAAUUUUGCCAAUACGAACGUUCAAAAACAAAUUUUGCCAGAAUUUUGCCAGAAUUUUGCCAGAAUUUUGCCAAUACAAAUGCACAAGAAUUAAUUUUGUCAGAAUUUUGCCAAUAUAAAUGUUCAAGAACAAAUUUUGCCAGAAUUUUGCCAAUACAUAUGUUUGAGAACAAAGUUUGCCAGAAUUUUGUCCAAUUUUGCCAUUAUGAAUGUUCAAGAACAAAAAUUUUGCCAAUAUGGCUGUCCGAGAACAAAUUUUUUGAGAAUUUUGUCAAUUUUGCCAAUAUGAAUGUUCGAGAACAAAUUUUGCCAGAAUUUUGCCAAUACAAAUGUUCAAGAAUAAAUUUUCCCAGAAUUUUGCCAAUAUGAAUUUUUAAGAACACAUUUUGCCAGAACUUUACCAAUACAAAUGUUCAAGAACAAAAAUUUUGCCAAUAUGAAUGUUCGAGAACAAAUUUUGCCAGAAUUUUGCCAGAAUUUUGCCAAUAUCAAUGUACAAAACCAAAAAUUUUGCCAGAAUUUUGCCAAUAUGAACAUUCAAGAACAAAUUUUUCCAGAAUUUUGUCAAUUUUGCCAAUAUGAAUGUUCAAGAACAAAUUUUGCCAGAAUUUUGCCAAUAUGAAUGUUCAAGAACAAAUUUUGCCAGAAUUUUGUCCAAUUUUGCCAUUAUGAAUGUUCAAGAACAAAAAUUUUGCCAAUAUGGCUGUCCGAGAACAAAUUUUUUGAGAAUUUUGUCAAUUUUGCCAAUAUGAAUGUUCGAGAACAAAAAAUUUUGCCAGAAUUUUGCCAAUACGAAUGUUCAAAAACAAAUUUUGCAGGAAUUUUGCCAGAAUUUUGUCAAUACAAAUGUACAAGAAUGAAUUUUGCCAGAAUUUUGCCAAUACGAAAGUUCAAGAACAAAUUUUGCCAGAAUUUUGCCAAUACGAAAGUUCGAGAACAAAUUUUUUCUAAUUUUGCCAAUAUGAAAGUUUGAGAACAAAUUUUGCCAGAAUUUUGCAAAUACGAAAGUUCGAGAACAAAUUUUGCCAGAAUUUUUUCUAAUUUUGGCAAUAUGAAUGUUUGAGAACAAAAUUUUCCAGAAUUUUGCCAAUAUGAAUGUUCAAGAACAAAUUUUGCCAGAAUUUUGCCAAUACAAAUGUUCAAGAACAAAAAUUUUGCCAAUAUGAAUGUUCAAGAACAAAUUUUGCCAGAAUUUUGCCAAUAUCAAUGUACAAAACCAAAAAUUUUGCCAGAAUUUUGCCAAUAUGAACAUUCAAGAACAAAUUUUGCCAGAAUUUUGUCCAAUUUUGCCAUUGUGAAUGUUUAAGAACAAAAAUU